GGCAGUGAACAACGCCACCAUGAUGGGCACGGUGCUCAAAAUGACGGACCGCAGCCACCGGCAGAAGCUGCAGCUCAAGGCUCUGGACACGGUGCUCUUCGGGCCCCCUCUGUUGACUCGUCACAACCACCUCAAGGACUUCAUGCUGGUGGUGUCCAUUGUCAUCGGCGUGGGCGGCUGCUGGUUCGCCUACAUCCAGAACCGCUACUCCAAGGAGCACAUGAAGAAGAUGAUGAAGGACCUGGAGGGUCUCCACAGGGCUGAGCAGUCUCUCCAUGACCUACAGGAGAGGUAG